CUGUCAAGCAACAAUCCGUAUUUUGUACUUAGUUUUACUCAUAAAAUAAUACCUAUAUUUGUACGAGAAGUUUAAAAAAUGAUGCAAGAAUAUGACGACGAUUUUUUUUUCGAAGAGGACAAAAUAAUAUGUUUUAUUUGAGUUGGCUGUUUAUUUAGUUCAUGUUUUUGUGACCAGGCUUAUGUCCCAGAGAGUGCAAAUCCAUCCUUUUUACGAUUCUAAUUAUUCGCCGAAAAUGUUGACUAUUGGACACAGUAUGUUUGAAGAUAAAAUCAAACCUAAAACGGAUUUACCGAAAACGACCAAUCUUUUAAUUCCCAUCGAUGAAAGUGCUUCUGUGGUUAUUGAAGAUGUUAAAAUACCAGAUAUUCCAAUACGACUCGAAAUAAUAGAAGAUACGGAAAAUACAGAAUGUAUUUACAACGAUUUAAGAAAAGAACGAUACAUGUUACAGUACCAGAAUCUUAUGGGAAUGACAGUCACAUCAGGUAGCGUUGUAUUGACAAAAGAUGAAAAAAAUCUCAUAGGAAUUAGUAUAGGAGGCGGCGCUCCGUUGUGCCCAUGUCUUUAUAUUGUACAGAUAUUCGACAACACGCCGGCUUCCAAAGAUGGCACUUUACAGAGUGGGGACGAACUUGUAGGGGUAAAUGGUCAGACUGUGAAGGGAAAGACUAAAGUGGAGGUUGCUAAGAUGAUACAAGCUGCUAAGGACCAAGUAACAAUAAACUACAACAAACUACACGCAGAUCCAAAACAAGGCAAAUCUCUAGACAUUAUAAUGAAGAAAAUGAAACAUCGCUUAGUUGAAAACAUGUCGUCUGGAACGGCUGAUGCCUUAGGAUUAUCUAGAGCUAUACUUUGCAAUGAUACUUUAGUAGCGAAACUAAAUGAAAUGAGAGAUACAGAAACUACGUAUAAACGACUUGUGGAGUUGGCUAAAAGAAUGCUAAAAUCCUAUUUCGAUUUGCUCCAAACAUUUAAAUCUCUUGGCGACAUAUUCGCGUCCAUCGGAGUGAGAGAGCCGCAAGCGAGAGCGUCUGAGGCGUUCACUAAAUUCGGUCAAUACCAUAGACUAUUGGAAAGAGAUGGCAUUAAAAUGCUGAAGACUUUGAAACCUAUAUUAGCGGAUAUGGGAACAUAUCUACAUAAAGCGAUACCAGAUACCAAACUUACCAUACGCAAGUACGCAGAUACGAAAUUCGAGUAUUUAUCCUACUGUUUGAAAGUUAAAGAAAUGGACGACGAAGAAUAUGGAUAUAAUGCAUUACAGGAACCUUUGUAUAGAGUGGAAACUGGGAAUUAUGAAUAUAGACUAAUCCUCCGUUGCCGUCAAGACGCCAGAACGAGGUUCGCCAGACUUCGAUCCGAUGUUCUGGUUAAAUUGGAACUCCUUGACAAUAAAAAGACACAGGACGUGGCGUAUCAGCUGAAGAGGUUUAUACAGGGUCUGGCUGUUUAUCAUAAUGAAACAGUAGAACAUUUGCAAGAGAACGCCUCAUUGUUCCCAGUCGAAGUAGAUUUAUCACAAAAUGCUUUUCAGUACAAAUCCACGGCGCAGAUUAUUCAGGACAGUCAAGAUGACGAAGAAGAAAUUGAAUUCGGCAAAGAACUAAAAGAAUACCACGAUCUUUCUGACGAGGAUACAACGAAACCAUCAAACAGGCGGCAAACGAAAGACAUUGACAGCGAUCUGACAGAACAACUUCUCCCCGGUUUGACAGACGUCAAAAAUGACACUGACAGCUCCAAAAAUGACAGCAUGACAGCAGACAGCCUGUCACUUUUGACAGAACUAGGUUUGGCGGACACGAAGGACGAUUUUGGCGAUUUUCAAAAUGGAAUGAACGAAUUCGGUUCGAAAGACUCGAAUGAUGACGUAUUUGAUAAAUUGCUGAGUGAUUUGAAUAUACAAUAGUUUAAGAAUUUGUUAUGAUUGUGUGAUAAAUAAAUGUUUAUAUGUUAUUAUUAUUCUUAAAUAAAAUAUUAAUGAGUAA